AUGGAGAAACUAUAGAGCAUACCCAAUUAUGAGAUAGUAAGAAUAAUAGGUUCAGGGGCAUUUGGUUAUGUGUUUGAAGCCUUUGAUUAACAAAGACGCUAAAAAGUAGCCUUAAAGAGAAUGCAAAAAGUUGGUAAAUUGUAGAGUAGGGAAUGCGAGAUCUUGAUGUAGUUAAAGCAGUGUAGUUAUGUAGUGAAGAUGCUAGAUGUAUUCUACAGUAGAAGCGAGGAUAAUAAAAUGAUUUAAAAUAUCAUACUAGAAUUUAUGGAUCAAAAUUUGGAAGAUAUCAUAGGAGAUCACAGAAAGAGAAAAACCUAUUUGGAAUCCAAAGAGCUCAAGAACUACCUCUAUCAAAUGCUUAAAGGUCUUGAUUAGAUUCACAGAAAGCAUAUAGCACAUCGAGAUUUAAAACCAGAAAAUAUUUUAGUUAAGGAUGGGAAAAUCAAAUUAUGUGAUUUUGGCAGUGCAAAGCAACUUAAUCCAUCCACUAUCAACACACCCUAUAUUGUAUCGAGAUUUUAUAGAGCUCCAGAAUUACUCUUGGGAGUAACUGAAUAUGAUGUAUCGAUUGAUAUAUGGGCCAUUGGCUGCAUAAUGGCUGAAUUGGCCUUGCUUGAACCUUUAUUUAUUGGGAAAUCAGAAGGGGAUUAAUUAUUUCAAAUCCUUAGAAUUUUAGGAUCUUUUUCCAAAUCAGAUCUAAAAUAUUAUUAAAAGGUUGUUCCUUUUGAUGUAAAAUUAUUCAAAGAGUUCCCAAAAUAUGAACCGAUUGAUUUGGAGGAAAAAUUCGAACAUGUGGAUGAUAAAGAUUUAUUUAUUGAUUUGCUUAGCAAAUUGUUAAAAUACAUUCCGGAGGAGAGAAUUACAGCAAGCUAAGCAUUAAAACAUUAAUAUUUUUCAGAAAUUUUAGACUAGUGA